UGGGACCUCACUGCGCCUGCGCGUCGCUCCGGAGCGCCUGGGUUGGGCAGGACCCGGCUCCGUGCAACUUUCAAGUGAGUUGCAAACUCCGCCCCGGAGGCCGGUACCUGUGGCCUUUUACGCCGGGACCGCGGCGACCCUCAGGAGCGAAAGCCGAGACCCGCCACCCCAGUCAGGGACAACUCAACACCCGGUUUUCUGCAGCAGAAAGUGCGGGUCGCAGCUGCAACUACCGAGCCGCGCGCCCGCGGGAGCCGGUCUAGCGUCCGCUUCCUGCGGCCGGGCCGGGGCGUCCGGUUUUCAGGACCCCGCGCUGCGGGAUCCGGAUUGGUGGGCUCGGGCUCAGCCUUCGCCUGAGAACAGCCGGACCGGCCCUCGCUUCCUGCUCCACCACUGGCCCCCUGCCCCAGCUCCCCCGUGCGGCCGUCCUUCGGGGGAUCUUGGGGUUCUCCUCUCUUCCCCAAGGCCGUCAGAAUGGUGUCCUGGAUGAUCUGUCGCCUGGUGGUUCCUAGCCCUCACCUCUGAGUACUCCAGCACCUGGCUCAGAUAUCCCAGUCUGCAGUCUCUCAGUGCCAGGCUGGUCUUUGGCAUGCUUUAUCCAGCUUACGCUUCCUACAAGGCUGUGAAGGCCAAGAACAUUCGCGAAUAUGUUCGGUGGAUGAUGUACUGGAUCGUCUUUGCAAUCUUCAUGGCGACAGAGACCUUUACGGACGUCUUUAUCUCCUGGUUCCCUUUCUACUAUGAGAUCAAGAUGGCUUUUGUGCUGUGGCUGCUCUCACCCUAUACCAAGGGGGCCAGCCUGCUUUACCGAAAGUUUGUCCAUCCAUCCCUGUCCCGCCAUGAGAAGGAGAUUGACGCCUACAUAGUGCAGGCCAAGGAGCGCAGCUACGAGACAAUGCUCACCUUUGGGAAGCGGAGCCUCAACAUGGCUGCCUCAGCGGCCGUGCAGGCUGCCACCAAGGGCCAGGGUGCACUGGCUGGCAGGCUGCGGAGCUUCUCCAUGCAAGACCUGCGCUCCAUCCCUGACACGUCUGCCCCCACGUACCAGGACCCCCUCUACCCAGAGGAUGAGGUGCCCCACCGGAGACCACCCAUCAGGUAUCGGGCAGGGGGCCUGCAGGACAGUGACACAGAGGAUGGGUGCUGGUCGGAUACUGAGGUGGCCCCCCAGCCAUCUGCCCGACCCCGAGAAAAGCCGCUGAGCCGGAGCCAGAGCCUGCGCAUGGUCAAGAGGAAACCGCUGGUGCGGGAGGGUACCUCCCGUUCCCUGAAGGUUUGGACCCGGAAGAAGACUGUGCCCUCUGACAUGGACAGCUAGGGCCUGCAGAGUCAAGCCCAGUCUUACCUCGUGCCCUGAAGGGCCUGGGAGGCUGUCUGCAGGGACCUCAGCUGCACAUCUGGCCUGCCUGCACCAGCCGCCUGUUUCCUGCAGGGCAGCUGCUGGGAUGAACCCGCCAUGUACCAAAGCCUUUGGGCCCAUGGUCCUAUUUAUUGCCUUCCUCAACCCUCUGCCUUUUGGGGUGUGGGACUAGAGCCCCCCAAACCCUUGCCAAUGAAACCGAAAAUCCACACAACUGUGCAUUCCUUCCUGUCCUUCUAAGUACUUGACAGCCUUUUCCAAGGCCUGAUGUGUGUGUCCCGGUUGUAUGUUUUGUGUUGGUGAAUGAGGUGAGGCUUGUGAACUUUUUCGUAAAUAAAUGCAUAAAGAUGC